UCUGCAUUUCUAACAAGCUCUUGGAUGACAUGGGAGCACUGGUCUGUAAAUCACUCUGAGUAGCAAUUCUAGGGGUUAGGGAAGGCUCUGAGGUGGGUAUGCUUGAGCUGAAGGAUGAGAACUUGACUAAGGGAGGAGAAACCUUCAAGGCAUAAGGACCAAGUUGUGCAAAUGCCCUGUGGCAUUGGGAAAACUGAAUGAAAGAAGGCCAGUGUAAUGAGUGCAGUCUGGGGAGAGAAGCAAGGUGGAGCACCAGGGAGUAUGGGAUCCAGCAUGUAGAACCAUAUGUGAGGCUUCUGGAAUAUUAGCAUUUACCUUGUUGAGGAGGAGAAGCCAUUGAAGUCUGUUAAGCAGAAAAGGGAGGUGAAUAGAUCUGCAUUUUGAAAAUCACUCCAUCUGCACUAGAAAUACAGAUGGGGAAGGGGGCGGAAAUGAAGCAGAUGCAGAACACCAGUUAGGAGGCUCAAGAGUCCUGGGCAACAGGUAGCUUGACUAGUGGUGGUAGUGAUGUAGAGAAGCAGAGUAUCUGAGAACUUGUAGAAAAUAAAAUGGAUUUUGUAAAGGAUUUGACAUGGGGGUAAGGAGGAGGCAUCAUAAGGGCUGUCACCUGAGCACCUGGCCACAGUUGAGUGAUGAGGGUACCAUUCCCUGGGGGGAAAGAAGCACUAGAAGACUGCCAUGUUACAGGGGGAAGAGCGUAAGUUUGGUCUUGGAUAUAUUGAGUUUGAGGUCCCUGUGAGUCAACCAAGGUUCAGAGAUCCGGUGCUCAGAAGAGAGGUGGGAGCUGGAGAUCAGAUUUGUAUCGUUUGUAUCAGGGGUGAAUGAGGCCAUGGGCAUGGGUGAGAUUUCAAGGUGAAAUGAAAGGGGGACCCAGGACCAAGCCUCAGGAUUGCAGACCCUGAAUGAUGGUGAAGAGGAGGACGAGCCUGCCGUGGAGAAAAGAAGAGCUAGAGAAACAGGAUGAAUGUGUGAGAUUUAGUAGCCAAAAAAGAAAGUGUUUAGAGGAAAGGGUGGUCAACAGUGCCAAAUGAAAAACAAAACAAACAACAACAACAACAAAAAAAAAAACCAGUGCCAAAUGAUGUUGAGAAAUGACAAAGACUCAACCGAGGUGGGGGUAGGGCAGUCUUAUUUAGAGAAUGGCAGCCAGGGCUGCGUACAGGGCCCAACCCAGCCCUCCGUGUGCAUACCCUGAACUGUAGAUGCCAGUACACACAGCUGUCUCCCAAGUAAGCUACUCCAAGGUGGCCUUGUCCAUCCUGUCAUCCCCCAAAGCCUAGCACAAGGCCAGGCACAUAAUAGACACUUAAUAAAUUUUACUGACAAUGAGAGGAUGGAUGGGAAGAUGGAUGGAUGGAUGAGGAGGAAGUGGAAGCAAAGAUGGAAUCUCUGGCAACUGCCUGGAUAGCUGCUAUCCUUCAGCUUUCUUUCCUUUUUACCGCAAUGACCUGCAGACCCAGGGAACAGAGACAGAGCCCCUGGGCCCUGGCCCCCCUUCCUCCCUCUGACGAAGAGUCUGGACCGAAGGUUCUGCUGACGUGGGAAGGGGAGGAGAGUCUGGAGGAAGGGGAGGGGAAAGCAGCGCAGAGAUCGCAGAGACGAAGGAGGCGCCCGCGGCUGCAGAGCUGCGGAGCGGGGUCUCUCCGGCCUCUGACCGCGCAUCCGGCGCCCCACUGGGCCAGAGGACAGCGCAUCCUUUCGGUGAGGGCCGGCGGGGCCCCUGCAGUCGGCAAGCUGGCUCCCCGGGUGGCCACCGGGACCCCCGAGCCCAAUGGCGGGGGCGGCAGCAAAAUCGACAGCACUGUAGAGAUCACCCCCAGCUCCAACGGACAGGUCGGGACCCUCGGAGAUGCGGUGCCCACGGAGCAGCUGCAGGGUGAGCGGGAGCGCGAGCGCGAGCGGGAGGGGGAGGGCGACGCGGGCGGCGACGGCCUGGGCAGCAGCCUGUCGCUGGCCGUGCCCCCCGGCCCCCUCAGCUUUGAAGCGCUGCUCGCCCAGGUGGGGGCGCUGGGCGGCGGCCAGCAGCUGCAGCUCGGCCUCUGCUGCUUGCCCGUGCUCUUCGUGGCGCUGGGCCUGGCCUCGGACCCCAUCUUCACCCUGGCGCCCCCACUGCAUUGCCACUACGGGGGCUUUGCCCCCAACGCCUCUGGCUGGGAGCAGACCCCCAACGCCAGCGGCGUCAGCGUCACCAGCGCGGCCCUAGCAGCCAGCGCUGCCAGCCGCGUCGUCACCAGUACGGACCCCUCGUGCAGCGGCUUUGCCCCACCGGACUUCAACCAUUGUCUCAAGGACUGGGACUAUAACGGGUUGCCGGUGCUCACCACCAACGCCAUCGGCCAGUGGGAUCUAGUGUGUGACCUGGGCUGGCAGGUGAUCCUGGAGCAGAUCCUCUUCAUCCUGGGCUUUGCCUCCGGCUAUCUGUUCCUGGGCUACCCUGCGGACAGGUUCGGCCGUCGAGGGAUUGUGCUGCUGACUUUGGGGCUGGUGGGGCCCUGUGGAGUGGGAGGGGCUGCCGCAGGCUCCUCCACAGGUGUCAUGGCCCUCCGAUUCCUCCUGGGCUUUCUGCUUGCCGGAGUUGACCUUGGUGUCUACCUGAUGCGCCUGGAGCUGUGCGACCCAACCCAGAGGCUUCGGGUGGCCCUGGCAGGGGAGUUGGUGGGGGUGGGGGGUCACUUCCUGUUCCUGGGCCUGGCCCUUGUCUCUAAGGACUGGCGAUUUCUGCAGCGCAUGAUCACCGCUCCCUGCAUCCUCUUCCUGUUUUAUGGCUGGCCUGGUCUGUUUCUGGAGUCUGCAAGGUGGCUAAUAGUGAAGCGACAGAUUGAGGAGGCCCAGUCCGUGCUGAGGAUCCUGGCUGAGCGGAACCGGCCCCAUGGGCAGAUGUUGGGAGAGGAGGCCCAGGAGGCCCUGCAGGACCUGGAGAACACCUGCCCUCUCCCUGCAACAUCUUCCUUUUCCUUCGCUUCCCUCCUCAACUACCGCAACAUCUGGAAAAAUCUGCUUAUCCUGGGCUUCACCAAUUUUAUUGCCCAUGCCAUCCGCCACUGCUACCAGCCUGUGGGAGGAGGAGGGAGCCCUUCGGACUUCUACCUGUGUUCCCUACUAGCCAGCGGCACAGCAGCCCUGGCCUGCGUCUUCCUGGGGGUCACCGUGGACCGAUUUGGCCGCCGGGGCAUUCUGCUACUCUCGAUGACCCUCACUGGCAUUGCGUCCCUUGUCCUGCUGGGCCUGUGGGAUUAUCUGAACGAGGCUGCCAUCACCACCUUCUCUGUCCUUGGCCUCUUCUCCUCCCAAGCUGCUGGCAUCCUCAGCACCCUUCUUGCUUCUGAAGUCAUCCCUACCACUGUCCGGGGCCGAGGCCUGGGUCUGAUCAUGGCACUGGGGGCUCUUGGAGGGCUAAGUGGCCCAGCUCAGCGCCUCCACAUGGGCCAUGGAGCCUUCCUGCAGCAUGUGGUGCUGGCAGCCUGUGCCCUCCUCUGCAUCCUCAGCAUCAUGCUUCUGCCGGAGACCAAGCGCAAGCUCCUGCCCGAGGUGCUCCGGGAUGGGGAGCUGUGCCGCCGGCCUUCCCUGCUGCGGCAGCCACCCCCCAAUCGCUGUGACCAUGUCCCACUGCUUGCCACCCCCAACCCUGCCCUCUGAGUGGCCUCUGAGCACCCUGGCAGGAGGCUGGCUUAUACUGAAAGGUGGCAUAAGGCCCUGGCAAACAGAUUGGGAGGACUGGUGAGGAAGGCAGGGCUGCCCAGGAGACUGAGAGGCACCUCACGCCAGCCAUCAAGGAGGGCUCAGAGGGCUGUCCCCACCCCCAUCUCCUCCCUGCUGCUUUGUGUUCACUUCCUUGGCAAGAGUCAGGGGACAGGGAGCGAGCUCCACAGUGUAAUCACUAGGUCUGGGCAUCAUCCUGCGCCCAAAGACAUCCUCCCAGACCUCAUUCUUUCUUGCUCUAUCAUUCUGUUUCAAUAAAGACAUUUUGAAUAAAUGAGCAUA